AAAAAAAAUCAAAAGGAAAAUGGCGAAUGCGUCAAGGACAUUUUUGACGUUUGGAUUAUUUAGUUGUAAAUUCUAAAUAAACUCCGCUUUCUACAAAAACAUGAAUAUAAACCUAACGAUAUCGUGUCACGAAAAUGCCUUAGAAAGAAUAUAAGCAUUGCAAUUGAUUCAAGCUGACGCAGAAAUGUCUAAUUGGAUUUAAAGUGUUCUAUUUACAAGAUGUCGUUGAAUUCGAUCUUUGCGUUAAAUAAGAUAUUAUAAGUGAAAAACCUCAUAGAAAUGCGGUGCAGUGUGCAAAACUGUUGCAACGAUACGAAACGAACAACCAAAAGCCAUGGGAUUACAUUUCACUUGUUUCCCAAAGAGCCAAAUCUCCGGAGUGCCUGGAUGGAGGCACUAGGCAUGUCAGACUGGGAGCCGAAGGACCGCAGCACGAUAUGCUCGGAGCACUUCCGGAAUGAUGACUUUUAUGAGACCAGGUGUGGGUUACGGAAGAUCAAGAAUGGAGCUGUGCCUGUGUCUGCUCAGGAUUUGGCCAAUGAUCUGGACGCACCAGCUGCUUUAAGGGUGUGCAGGAUAUGCCUGGCAACGGACUGCAAGAUGUACAACAUACGGGAUCACAAGCUGGAGCAGGCCUUCACAGAAGUCAGUGGGAUGACAAUGAGUGAGGAAGACAAAUUGCCUCAGCGCGUCUGCUGGGAGUGCGGCCAUCGACUGUUAACAGCUGCCAGGUUCCGGAGCAAAGUUCUUAGAGCGCAUGACCUCCUUACUGGUCUUCCUCACGCCAGUCCAUAUAUCACAAUACGCGAUAUCCGGUCAAUAAACCGACGGCAAAACCAACUAAGAUCUCACCUGACAUACAAAUAUUAUGAUCCUAACGAUUACCACAUACACAUAAAUGAUGAUGAAAUCAUCGUCAAAUCAGAAAUCAAAGAUACUGAAGAUCUAGAACAAAAAGUACCGCCUAUCGCUGAAGUAGAACUUGUAAAAGAUGAAAAAAACAAUACGGAAUUAUUUUAUCAAGAAUUUGAUAAUUAUGAUGAUAAUUUUGAAUAUAAUAAUGAUGCAAGUUAUGUGGAAGGUAACCAAGUGAAUGAAGAUAGUGACGAUAAAGUGUUAAGUGAAGUGUAUGUGAAGAAGAAGCGGAAAGUGAAGAAGGUUAAAGUGAAGAAGAAAGAGAAAGUAGUGAGGAAGAAAGAGGAGGAGGAUAAUCCAGUGACUACUAUGGAUAAAUACAAAAACUCUGACGUCAAACGGCGCAAGACCACCGACGGGCUCGACGAGUCCCUCUUCACGAUCACUACGCUCAGCUACGACGAGCAAAUAGCCGAGAUACAGAAACGACAGGAGAGCACCAACUACAAGAGCGCGCCGUACAAGUGCGCCGUGUGCUAUAGAGGGUUCCUCGUACGGGACAGAUAUGAUGCGCACGUCGUGAGGCAUAGUGAGCAAUCCGGAGCGUACGAGUGUUUCAUAUGCAAGAGUCGGUUGAAGAGCGCGCGAGCGCUGCGAAAACACCUCACAGCGCAACACACGGAGAAGUUCAGUUGUAAGGGCUGUCCGUUCGUCACCAGGAACAGGGGCGUCGCCCGAGAGCAUGAAAAAUGGCACGCUGGCACUAAGUACCAGUGCCCGCACUGUCCGAGCGAAUUCGAUAAGCUGACUACAUACAUGGGCCACAUAAGGAUAAAGCACGUGUCUGACUUCGUGUGCGAGCUGUGCGGGUACACGUUCGUCAGCAAGAAGGGCAUCGACGUUCAUAAGAAAAAGAAACACCGGCUGCAGGACAAGACGGUAGAAUUAGAAGGCCCGUACUGCGAGACGUGCGAAGUUCGUUUCGUGUCAGAGGAGGCCCACGCGCGACAUCUCAAGCUGUCGUCGCGACAUAGCAGCGAUAGCGACCCCAAUCGCAUCCGUAACGACUCGCAGAGCAUCAACGCGGAGAAGAACGGUCGAGUGGUGCGGAGAGUUGAGAGGAGACCUGUCAUACACGCGCGCGACGGAGAGAGACAGGACACCGCCGGACCCGUCACCUGCGAACAGUGUGGCAUCCAACUACGUGACUUGAGACUGUACGCCCAGCACUUCCGACGCGCGCACCCGGACAAGAAUCGAACCAAAUACCCCGCGAUGAAAACACCCUGCAUGUGCGAGCAGUGCGGACGCAUCUUCCAGAGUAUGGCCCUCCUAAAAGACCACAUGUGGGUGCACACCGGUGAGAAACGUUUCAAGUGCGACCGCUGCGAGAAGAGCUUCACCCAGAAGACGAACCUGGUGUUCCACAUGCGGGUCCACAGCGCCACGCGGCCCAGCUACGAGUGCCCCCUGUGCGGGAAGCACUUCGCCUUCUUCAAUAACCGGCGGAGGCAUAUGUUUAUCCACACCGGCCUAAAACCAUACAAGUGCGAAACAUGCGGCAAAUGCUUCACCACCGCCGGCGAGCAGCGCGCGCACGUAGAGCACGUGCACCUGAAGAAGCCGUGGCCGAAACGUCAGAGGCACCGGGAGGCCGAGCCCGCGCCCUGGCAGAAAUGUCUUGACCCUAUGGAAGACUAGAUUUUACUUAGAUCUAGGUAAAACAAGC